AUGGUUACAACUCUAGCUCGUCUAGCUCGUCAAACGUUAGCAGAAUUAGCAGAAUCAACAGAUCAAGUGCCGCAUAGACAAGUUUACAUUCAUGGUUUAUGUGAAUGGAAAGAUUACAAAGUCAUAAUUUACGAACUUCCAUUAAAACCACAUGAAACUUGCAUUGGAACUCGUGCUGAUGAUUCUGAAAAAGAAGCAGAUACAUCAUUUCGUCUAAAGAAACCACGAGUACCAGCACUAACUGAAAAAGUCGCAUACUCUGAAAUCAUAGACCAUGUCUUUGAGAAGGUGAAAAAUUACUGGCUAAAGGAUUAUAGUCGUGCGCAUGAUGCGAUAGUUGUUAAAAUUAAUCAAUUUCCGUGGACAGAAUGCGCAUGCAAUUUGGCACUCAUGAUGGAGCCGGAAAUCUGUUUGCCUCAUCAAUAUUUAUUUGGAUACUAUCAAGCACAAAUUCCUCAAAAUAUUCUCCCCAAUCCUAUAAUAUUGGAUUUCUUCUUUAUUCGAGAUGAAAUUUUCUACGCAUUUGAUAUAUAA